AUGGCUCGUACCAAGCAGACCGCUCGUAAAUCUACUGGAGGCAAGGCCCACGAAAGCAGUUGGCCACUAAGGCCGCUCGCAAGUCAGCCCCGGCAACCGGAGAAGUCGACCGAGCUGCUCAUCCGCAAACUGCCGUUCCAGCGUCUGGUCCGUGAAAUCGCUCAAGAUUUCAAGACCGAUCUGCGUUUCCAAUCAUCGGCUGUGAUGGCUCUCCAGGAGGCCUCUGAGGCGUACCUCGUUGGUCUUUUCGAAGACACCAACUUGUGCGCUAUCCAUGCCAAGCGUGUCACCAUCAUGCCCAAGGACAUCCAGCUGGCUCGCCGUAUCCGCGGUGAACGUGCUUAA